UUCAAACUAAAAACGACUAGAUUAUCUUUUUAAGAUUUAAUCUGAAUUCUAGAUAUGAAUCGUUCUUCUUUUUUUUGCAAUUCCUCAAACAUUUCAUUGACGUCACGGUUUCCGUGCAGGCUCCUUUAAGGUUACUACGGGUUACGGGCUCACAUGUCAGAACGGGGAGAAUUGACGUCAGUGACGGCUGUUGAUUGGUUCUCAGCCGUAUCCGGUGGGGCAGCGGUCCAGAGCUCGGGAAAAAAAUCGAAGCGAGGAGGAGGAUCUCGUAACGGUGCACUUUGUGAUAUAUCAUACGUUCCGAGUAUCUAUUGAAAGGCUCGGCAGGAUUUUACAGUUUCGUCACAAAGGUUAGAGGUCACAGAGCAGGGUUGUGGUUGUCGUCAUGGCAUCUGGAAGUACGAGCAGCGAGGAGGAGCGGAGCCUCAGGGAGUGUGAGCAGUACGUGCAGAAACACAACAUUCAGCAGCUGCUGAAGGACUGCAUUGUCCAGCUGUGCACCUCCAGGCCGGACAGGCCCAUGGCCUUUCUCAGGGAGUACUUCGAGAGGCUGGAGAAGGAGGAGACCAAACAGAUUCAGAACCAGCAGAAGGCCAGCAGUUCCCGCUCAGACUCUCGCGAUGAGGAGGUGUCCCCACCCAUGAAUCCGGUGGUCAAAGGCCGCCGGCGGAGAGGAGCCUUCAGCGCGGAGGUUUACACAGAGGAGGAUGCAGCCUCCUACGUCAGAAAGGUCAUUCCAAAAGAUUACAAAACAAUGGCUGCUUUGGCUAAAGCCAUUGAAAAGAACGUGCUCUUCUCACACUUGGAUGACAACGAGAGGAGUGACAUAUUUGAUGCAAUGUUUCCAGUCACCUAUAUUGCUGGGGAGACAGUUAUUCUGCAAGGUGAUGAAGGUGACAAUUUCUACGUCAUCGAUCAAGGGGAGAUGGACGUGUACGUGAACAAUGAGUGGGUGACGAGCAUCGGGGAAGGAGGCAGCUUUGGAGAGCUGGCCCUGAUCUACGGCACUCCCAGGGCAGCUACGGUCAGAGCCAAGACCAACGUGAAGCUGUGGGGCAUCGACAGGGACAGCUACAGGAGAAUACUCAUGGGGAGCACUUUGAGGAAGAGGAAGAUGUACGAGGAGUUCCUCAGGAAAGUGUCCAUCUUAGAGUCUCUUGACAAAUGGGAGCGUCUGACCGUCGCUGAUGCCUUGGAGCCCGUCCAGUUCGAGGAUGGACAAAAGAUCGUUGUGCAAGGGGAGCCUGGUGACGAGUUCUUCAUUAUCCUGGAGGGCUCUGCAGCGGUUCUGCAGCGCCGCUCAGAGAACGAGGAGUUUGUGGAGGUGGGGAGAUUAGGACCGUCCGACUACUUUGGUGAGAUCGCCCUGCUGAUGAACCGCCCCCGCGCCGCCACCGUGGUGGCCCGCGGCCCCCUGAAGUGCGUCAAGCUGGACAGGCCUCGCUUCGAGCGCGUCCUGGGCCCCUGUUCGGACAUACUCAAACGCAACAUCCAACAGUACAACAGCUUCGUGUCGCUCUCCGUCUGAAAGAGCACCCCCUCCUCUCCCUCCACCCCCCCGCUCUCACCCCCCCCACCUUCUCUCCUUUCAGACCCAGGGUCCACCAAUGCAAUUUGCUUUUCUUUCUUUUUUUCUUUCGUUUUCUUUGGUCACUCUCCUCCUCUUUCCUUUUGCUCCCCCCCCCCCCCCCCCCCC